UCACUGACCGAACUGUUCACUCCAGAACAAGUUAGAGAGCACAUAACAGGCCUCAGGCAGUGGGUAGGCCAGAGUAAAGCAAAGGCAGAAAAGAAUCAAGCAAUGGAGCAUGCAAUGAGUGAGAACUCUUGUCAGCUGUGUGCAGUUGAGAAGCUCACUUUUGAACCGCCACCUAUAUACUGCACACCAUGUGGUGCUCGUAUUAAGCGAAAUGCAAUGUAUUAUACCAUGGGAGCUGGUGAUACAAGGCACUAUUUCUGUAUUCCAUGUUAUAAUGAGGCUCGUGGAGACACCAUCAUUGUUGAUGGAAAUAAUAUUCCAAAGGCAAGGCUGGAGAAGAAGAAAAAUGAUGAGGAGACUGAAGAAUGGUGGGUUCAAUGCGACAAGUGUGAAGCUUGGCAACAUCAAAUUUGUGCUUUAUUUAAUGGUCGAAGGAAUGAUGGUGGGCAAGCUGAAUACACUUGUCCUAAUUGCUACAUAGCAGAGGUUGAAAGAGGAGAACGCAAGCCUUUACCACAGAGUGCUGUUCUGGGGGCCAAAGAUUUGCCAAGAACAAUCCUUAGUGACCACAUAGAGCAGCGAUUGUUUAAGAGACUGAAGGUGGAGAGACAAGAAAGGGCAAGGAUUCAAGGAAAAUCAUAUGAUGAGGUUCCUGGGGCUGAAUCACUUGUAGUUCGAGUUGUUUCAUCUGUUGACAAAAAGUUGGAAGUGAAGCAGCGUUUUCUUGAAAUUUUUCACGAAGAGAAUUACCCAACUGAGUUCCCAUAUAAGUCUAAGGUAAUUCUGCUGUUUCAGAAGAUUGAAGGUGUAGAAGUAUGCCUUUUUGGCAUGUAUGUUCAAGAAUUUGGAUCAGAGUGCCAAUUUCCAAAUCAGCGUCGUGUGUAUCUAUCAUAUUUGGACUCUGUGAAGUAUUUUAGGCCUGAGAUUAAAGCAGUUACUGGAGAAGCACUUCGUACAUUUGUCUACCAUGAAAUCCUGAUUGGCUACCUUGAAUAUUGCAAGUUGCGUGGUUUUACAAGCUGUUAUAUAUGGGCCUGCCCUCCUCUAAAGGGUGAAGAUUAUAUAUUAUAUUGUCAUCCAGAGAUUCAGAAAACUCCAAAAUCUGAUAAGCUUCGAGAAUGGUAUUUGGCGAUGUUAAGAAAAGCUUCCCGGGAAAGCAUUGUGGUUGAUCUUACUAAUUUAUACGAUCACUUCUUUGUAUCCACUGGUGAAUGUAGAGCUAAGGUAACUGCGGCUAGACUGCCAUAUUUUGAUGGUGACUACUGGCCUGGUGCUGCAGAAGAUCUAAUCUAUCAGAUUCGUCAAGAAGAAGAUGGCAAAAAACAGAAUAAGAAAGGAAUAACCAAAAAAACUAUCACAAAAAGGGCUCUUAAAGCAUCUGGUCAAACUGAUCUCUCCGGUAACGCGUCAAAGGAUCUGCUACUAAUGCAUAAACUUGGUGAGACCAUUUGCCCAAUGAAGGAAGAUUUUAUCAUGGUUCAUUUACAGCAUGCGUGCAAUCAUUGUUGUAUUCUGAUGGUAUCUGGGAAUCGUCAUGUAUGCAGACAGUGUAAAAAUUUUCAGCUUUGUGAUAAAUGCUUUGAAGCUGAAAAGAAACGUGAAGAAAGAGAGAGACAUCCCAUCAAUUUGAGGGAAGUACACCCUCUUGAGGAAGUUCCAAUUAUGGAUGUACCUGUUGAUACAAAAGAUAGAGAUGAGAUUCUCGAGAGUGAAUUCUUUGAUACCAGACAGGCAUUUUUGAGUCUUUGCCAAGGAAAUCACUAUCAGUAUGAUACCUUGAGGCGGGCUAAACACUCAUCAAUGAUGGUCCUUUAUCAUCUUCAUAAUCCAACUGCACCUGCAUUUGUAACAACAUGCAAUAUAUGCCAUCUUGAUAUAGAAACUGGUCAAGGUUGGCGCUGUGAAGUUUGCCCUGAUUAUGAUGUAUGCAAUGCUUGCUAUCAGAAAGAUGGGGGUAUUGAUCAUCCUCAUAAAUUGACAAAUCAUCCAUCAAUUGCUGAUCGUGAUGCACAGAAUAAAGAAGCUAGGCAAAUGCGGGUGUUGCAGCUUAGAAAAAUGCUUGAUCUACUGGUGCAUGCAUCACAAUGUCGUUCUCCGCAUUGCCAAUACCCUAAUUGCCGUAAGGUGAAGGGGCUCUUCCGACAUGGUAUACAAUGUAAAACUCGUGCAUCUGGAGGUUGUGUACUUUGCAAAAAAAUGUGGUAUCUACUGCAACUCCAUGCUCGAGCAUGCAAAGAAUCCGAAUGCCACGUACCACGUUGCAGAGAUCUUAAAGAACAUUUGAGGAGGCUACAGCAGCAGUCUGAUUCUCGGCGUAGGGCUGCUGUGAUGGAGAUGAUGAGGCAAAGAGCUGCAGAGGUUGCUGGCAACGCUGGGUGACCAAAUGUGUACAUGUAAAUAUUGUGAUUUUGGUGAGAAAGAACCAGAUAGUGAGGGGAGGUGGAGAGUUGUUUUGUUGGGCCACAGGGUGCUGUGUAGAAAACAGUGGUGGAAAAAAGUGGCGGAAGUAGACGGUGAGAAGGGUAUACACAUGUAAAACAUACUGCGGAAUGGGUUUAUGAUAUGAUCAUCAGUUGGGGAAUAACCCUUUGAUCCAUACUCCACGAC